GUGAGGAGCAGAUACGAUUGAGUGUCUUAAUUCCAUCUCUGCUAACUCUUUGGUCCACGCUCAUCCCUAAUCCAGCGGCGUGUUAAAAGGUAUCUCUCCUCUACAGAGUGUUUAAGAGUGGAGACAACAUCCAUCCCUCCAUCUGCUCCACACAGCAGACCUCUGAGAUCUCAUCUGGUCACACGUACCCUACGACACCCACCGACCAUCAACACCAUGAACGGCACUGAAGGACCCGACUUUUACAUCCCCAUGUCUAACAAGACCGGUUUGGUUCGCAGCCCCUUCGAGUACCCUCAGUACUACCUGGCCGAGCCCUGGAAGUACUCUCUGGUGGCCGCCUACAUGCUCUUCCUCAUCGCCACCGCCUUCCCCAUCAACUUCCUCACCCUCUAUGUCACUGUCCAACACAAAAAGCUGAGGACGCCUCUGAACUACGUGCUGCUCAACCUGGCGGUGGCGGACCUCUUCAUGGUGGUGGGGGGCUUCACCGUCACACUCUACACUGCACUGCAUGGAUACUUCAGCCUGGGGGUCACUGGCUGCAACAUAGAAGGAUUCUUUGCAACUUUAGGAGGAGAGAUCGCUCUCUGGUCUCUCGUGGUUUUGGCCAUUGAGCGCUACAUCGUGGUCUGUAAACCAAUGACCAACUUCCGUUUUGGAGAAAAGCACGCCAUCGCUGGUCUUGCGUUCACCUGGAUCAUGGCGCUGACCUGUGCUGCCCCCCCUCUGUGUGGAUGGUCUCGGUACAUUCCAGAAGGAAUGCAGUGUUCCUGUGGGAUCGACUACUACACUCCUAAGCCAGAGAUCAACAACACUUCAUUCGUCAUCUACAUGUUCGUCCUCCACUUCUCCAUCCCCCUCCUCAUCAUCUUCUUCUGCUACGGCCGUCUGCUGUGCACCGUGCGGGCGGCUGCCGCCCAGCAGCAGGAGUCUGAAACCACCCAGAGGGCAGAGAAGGAAGUGACCCGCAUGGUGGUCGUCAUGGUGAUCUCCUUCCUGGUGUGCUGGGUGCCCUACGCCAGCGUGGCCUGGUACAUCUUUGCCAAUCAGGGGACGGAGUUUGGACCGGUGUUCAUGACGGCGCCGGCCUUCUUUGCCAAGAGCGCUGCUCUGUACAACCCAGUCAUCUACAUCCUGCUGACCAGACAGUUCAGGAACUGCAUGAUCACCACCGUCUGCUGUGGGAAGAACCCGUUUGGACCAGAGGACGAGGUCACUGCUGUGUCCAGAACCCAGACUUCCUCUGUAUCUUCCAGCCAAGUGGCCCCAGCUUGA